AUGUCGCAACAAGGCAAACACUCCGCUAAGACGGUCUUGGAAAAAUUCAUUGGCGCCGAUCACACCGAACCUGAAGAGAGAGCGCCCUCAAUCACGAAUGCCGACCUGUAUAUCGAGGAGGAACCUACAGUUGGAGAGUUUCUCAAAGAAAUCACUCCUUCCAUUCAACAAGUUGGCGAAUACUUUUACAACCUUUUCCCUUUCCUAUCAUGGGUGGGCAAAUACAACCUGAUCUGGUUCCUUGGUGACAUGGUUGCUGGAAUCACUGUUGGUGCCGUUGUGGUCCCCCAAUCUAUGGCUUAUGCCCAACUGGCUCAGCUCCCCGUUGAAUAUGGGUUGUACUCAUCAUUUAUGGGUGUCUUGAUCUAUUGGUUCUUUGCUACAUCCAAGGACAUCACCAUUGGUCCCGUUGCUGUCAUGUCUCAAGUCACAGGUAACAUUGUCCUGCAAGCCGCCGACUCUCUUCCUGAUGUCCCUGGUCACGUAAUUGCCUCCGCUCUGGCUGUUAUUGUCGGCUCCAUUGUCACCUUCCUCGGUCUCGCUCGACUUGGCUGGCUCGUCGAAUUUAUCCCUCUGCCUUCAAUCUGCGCUUUCAUGACCGGUUCCGGAGUCAACAUUAUUGCUGGACAAGUCCCCAAGCUCAUGGGCAUCAAGGGAGUCAACACGCGCCAGCCCACCUACAUGGUCAUCAUUGACACCCUCAAGAACCUGGGUGGUUCCAAGCUCGAUGCCGCCAUUGGUCUUUCCGCCUUGGUCCUGCUAUACACUAUCCGUAUCUUCUGUGGUACCAUGGCCAAGAGGCAGCCUCACCGUGCCAAGUUGUACUUCUUCAUCUCCACCCUCCGAACCGCCUUUGUCAUCUUGCUUUACGUCGGCAUCAGCGCCGGAAUUAACAUCAAGCACCGUGAAAAGCCUCGCAUCAGCAUUGUCGGCGAUGUUCCCAGUGGCUUCACUCAUGCUGCUGUUCCCCAGAUCAACAGUUCCAUCAUCAAGUCCUUCGUUUCUGAGCUUCCCGCCGCCGUUAUCGUUGUCUUGAUUGAGCACAUCUCCAUCUCCAAGUCUUUCGGCCGCGUCAACAACUAUGUCAUCGACCCUUCCCAGGAACUCGUCGCCAUUGGUGUUAGCAACCUUCUCGGUCCCUUCCUGGGUGCCUAUCCCGCCACUGGAUCAUUCUCUCGAACUGCCAUCAAGUCAAAGGCUGGUGUCCGCACUCCCUUCGCUGGUGUUAUUACUGCCAUCGUUGUCUUGCUCGCUCUUUACGCCCUGACGGCCGUUUUCUUCUACAUCCCCAACGCCGGUCUUGCGGGUGUCAUCAUUCACGCUGUCGGAGAUGUCAUUACCCCUCCCAAGGUCGUCUACCAGUUUUGGCGUGUCUCCCCCAUCGAGGUCAUCAUCUUCUUUGCUGGUGUUCUCGUAACCAUCUUCAGCUCCAUUGAGAACGGCAUCUACACCACAAUUGCCAUGUCCGCUGCUGUUGUUGUCUUCCGUCUCUUCAAGACCCGCGGUCGCUUCAUGGGUGUUGUUCGUGUCCGAACCAUGAAGGCCAAUGUCAGCGAUGGUACUGCCAGCCCUGGUUCCGUCGACGAGGGUGAGGGUUCUCUCCGAGCUGGCUUCCUUCCCCUUGACCACGGCAACGGAUCCAACCCCAAGGUCAUCGUUCGCACUCCUUACCCUGGUGUCUUUAUCUACCGAUUCGCCGAGGGCUUCAACUACCCCAAUGCUUCUCACUACCUCAACCACCUUACCGAGACAAUCUUUUCCGAAUGCCGACGAACCAACCCCGCGCUGUUGGGUAAGCUUGGCGACCGUCCCUGGAACGACCGUGAACCCCGCCACAUCAAGACUAUCGAGAACGAUGAGCGACCUAUCCUCAAGUCUGUUAUCCUCGACUUUUCUAGUGUCAACAACGUCGAUGUUACCUCUAUCCAGGCUUUGAUUGAUGUCCGAAACCAGCUUGACAAGUUUGCUGCUCCUGAAGUUGUUGACUGGCACUUUGCCAACAUUGAGAACCGAUGGACGAAGCGUGCUCUGGCCGCUGCUGGCUUCGGCUUCCGUACUCCCCGCACUGGAAAUGAAGCUGCCGGCCACUGGAAGGCUAUCUUCUCUAUCGCUGACCUCGGUGGUGACGAUAGCGCCGCUACUGCCGCUGCUCUCGACGAGAAGGUCAAGAACGCUCCCAUGCGCCAGGACAUCGAGGCUAUCGAAGGCUCUGUCAACAGCGCAUCUAUGGAGAAGCUACCAAGAGAUCCCACCAGUACCCGCCUUGUUUCUGUUGGUGGUCUCAACCGGCCUUACUUCCAUCUCGAUCUUCAAGAAGCUGUCGACGCGGCUGUGGCUGCUGCUGAGCUCAAGCAGCACUAA